GAUGCACCGUGUGUUGUUUUUGCCAGCUGAAUGGCUGUUUUGUUUAAUACACAGACACACAACCACCAGUAAAACUAAAAAUCAAGAUGGAAGCGCCCACGCUUCCCUCAACUUCCUAUCCAACACUUGAUGAUGCAGUCAGUGUAUACAGGGAGUUUGCUGCAGUGUCUUUACCCACAAAGGCUUCCCUUGUUAAACAAGACAGUGCUUUGUCCAUCUUGACCGACUGGAGCCAGCGAGACUUGGAGAGAUCCGACAAAGUGACAUUUCAGUCAGUGCAUUUGGUUAUUCCCGAUGGCAAGAACAGGUUUGGCAGAGUUAUCGAUGCCGGACUUACAUCUGAGGUUAAUUCGGAAUUACUGAGCAGUGUAAGCCCCUCUGGAAACAGAAGGGCAGUGGUUAGAGAAGUCAAGAACAAGAAAGGUGAUGAGAAACAAUAUCUAGAGAUUUGGGACGGAAGACGUAAAACUCACAACAUUGAUCUUGGUGCACAAGAGAAACACGGAAAGGUUUAUGGGGACGAUGUGUUCGGUAAUUUAAGUUGGUCCGCCUCAGAAAAGCAACUAUUGUACAUCGCUGAGAAGAAACAAGCCAAGACAACUUCCUACUUUGAUUCCAAAUAUCAGACCAAAGAUCAAGAUGGGACUGCUGAAGGCAAAGAUGAGCCAAUCAAGGGAGACGUGAAUGUGUUUCGUGAGGAGUGGGGAGAGAGGCUCGUCUCCAAGCAUCAUCCAGUGGUGUGUGUCGUCGACAUUGGGAGCCAGACCAUUAACAUACUGGACAAUGUACCAGAAGAUAUAUCAGCUGGACAGGCCAUUUGGGCUCCAAAUGAUACAGGUAUUGUGUUUGUUGGUCAUUCACAUGAGCCCUACAGAUUAGGCAUCAUAUACUGCAAUAAUAGAAGGAGUACACUUUUUUAUGCUGAUCUCAAGAGUGGAAAAUGUGAGAAACUGAGUGUGACAGACGACUGGGUAGAACUUCCACACUUCAGUCCAGAUCAGACCAAGCUAGUGUAUCUACGCAAUGAGCCAGUUGGACCACAUAGACACUGUAGUCAACUUGUUAUGUACGACUGGGAUUCCAAAGAAACUGUUGUGGUGUCGGACACUGUGCAUAAACCUACAGCCGAUAACCCAUUCCCUGGGAUCUACAUUUUGUUGAUGAGUCCACCCUGUAAGUGGUGGCUGAGUGACAGCAGACGUCUCGUUUUGUCUUCAGCGUGGGGAAGUAAAAAGGAAAUUUUGAUGGUUAAUACAGCGACCUCAUCCAUAACCAGACUGACCUCUGACCCUUGCUUUGGUGAAUGGACUGUUCUUGAUAUAAUGGAUGAUCUCAUAUUAGCGAGACGCUCUUCUCCUAAUAAGUCAUCCCAACUGGUGAUAGGUGAGCUUCCUGCAGAAGGUCAGGAGUCAAGCAUAGCCUGGAUUCCCCUAGAUGGAGAGUGUCAUGAGAUAAACAAUGUAGCAUGGGAAAUCAUGGAAUUCAAAGGCUUGAUUUAUGAGGAAUCAAAAUACGAUGCCAUUCACUAUGAAGCCAUCCUUGUGACUCCAGAGCCAGCAGUAAAAACAUCCAAACCUCCACUAAUGGUUCUACCCCAUGGUGGACCUCACUCAGUUGUAGUUGCCGAGUACAAUAUGUCAGUGGUAGCUUUUUGCAAGCUUGGAUUUGCAGUACUCCUGGUGAACUAUCGAGGAUCGUUGGGAUUUGGUCAAGACAACAUUCUCUCACUGCCUGGAAACAUAGGACGCCAAGACGUCGAUGACGUGCAGAAUGCAGUGCUUGCAGUGUUGAAUUCUGGGAAGGUUGAUAGAGAGAGGGUUGUGCUGCAAGGAGGAUCGCACGGGGGCUUUUUAGUCACCCACCUCAUUGGUCAGUUUCCGGGCUUUUAUAAAGCAUGCGUAGCAAGAAAUCCUGUGGUAAACCUUGCAUCCAUGUUAGCAAGCACAGACAUUCCGGAUUGGAGUUGCUGUGAGGCUGGCAUGGAACCAUUUGCAUUUGAUAUGUUGCCAACAGCUGACAGCUACAAAUUGAUGCUUAGCAAAUCACCGAUUAUUUAUGCUCACCAGGUGACGACACCGACGUUGCUCAUGAUUGGAGACAUUGAUCUUCGUGUUCCACCUAAGCAAGGUGAAGAGUUCUAUAGAGCUCUGAAGGCACGUGGAACCACCACAAAAAUGUUGAUGUACGCGGGGAACAAUCACGGUUUGUCUAAAGUAGAUGCUGAGGCUGAUUGCUUCAUGAAUAUUUAUAAAUGGUUCAUCUCAUUUGCAUAAUGGGGUCCUCAACUGAUGAAGGUGUAUGCAGGAGUGGGAUACAGUGCUUUUUAAAAAGGUCGUUAUUCAGAAAUGUGAAAAUAAAUUGAUGAUUAUGUAAACAUGUAAAUGUAGCUGUAGGGUGGAUUGUCACAUCAUGACAUUGGUGCCAGUUGGGAGUUACCGCACAUUGAUUUAGAUACUCAUGAUUUGUUUCAUGUUUUUGUAAUGUAGAGCGGAAAAUGAAUAUAAUUGUUUCCCCAAUAUACACCCUCACAGAUCCUUGUCAUUUGAUUGGUUGAACACGCCUCAGGUGUCAUCCUUUAUUUUGCCAUAUAUACUGCCCGAAAUGACCAAUGCUCCAAAUUUAUGGACACUUGAUGAUGAAAUGAAAUUAUGCAUAAAACAAAUAAAUAGGGCAGGCAACCUGCUAGACUAAAAACUCAAUAAGCUGGAGUAAAGUUACUUGCGAAGUGAUAAUAAAUCUUUAAUAUAAUAAGUGUUAUGGUUGGGCAGUUGAGUGCGAUGGACUAAAAGUUCAGGGGUGUAUUUCACAAAGAGUUUAGAUUGGUCUUAUCUGCAGUUUUGACUCCAUGUAACUUGAGAUGGGUCCUAAGAACAAUCUUGCUUGGGAUCCAUCUAACGGCUGGUACUCAUCCUAAGAGUUUUGUGGAAACGACCCCUGAUUUAUCAAAGUGUAUGCUCACGGUCCUAGUGAUGACACUUUUGUCCUUGCCGGAGCAAGACACUAACCAUGAGCAAGUGCGAUUAGGGUACAAUAGUCGACUAGUGGUUAGUUCGUGACGUACGAAGCGCAUGCGCGCUGAAAUAAAAGUUCGAACGACUCUAGUUGUUGUCAAGCAAUCGUAUGUGAAAAAGAUGACCGUGAACACAUAAAAAGUCCAUACUCGCUUCUUUUCAGCUAUUUUAAGAAUAACUGGUCCUCUCUGCCUGCAGCACACUGUGAUAUGACAAAUUGCUAUUGGUAACCAACGAUGCGACCAACCUCGACCAGCCUCGAGUGGAUGGUCGGGAAUAGUCGACUAGACUGGUCCAACUAUCAUUGACUAACGCGGGUUCGAUCAGAGUUAGUUAAACUAUGGUUAACUAUGGUCGUAUGCAACUUUCAAAGGGGAGGUUUACCUUUGGUUUUUGGAAUCGUCUGAGAUGAUCGCUUUUGGGGAUUUUAAUACACAAUCUGAGAAACGCUUCUCCAGUACUGUUUCACAGAUUCAAAUUUGGGGGCAUAAAACUUGUAUAUUUUCCCUUACCCACAUCAUUUUGAAGUUAAAUUAUUCUCAGAAAGCUGCUGCCCUCUAACCAAGUAAGUUUAUAUUGACAUUAUAUUUAGAGUGAUUACUAAACGUAUACAGACCCGUUAAGUCUUCACAGAGCUUAGGGGAUAACCAUUCUAACUAAAAAGCCUGAGAAAGUGACUCGGGUGAUUCAUAAUCUUCCUCAGUAUUCAUAUCUUUCACUUUAAUAAAUCUUACUAACUUUUGAAUUCAGAAUAUUUGACAUAAAAUAUACACACCUGGACAAUAGGAAAAUAUAAAUAACUUUGAGACUGAUAAAUAUAUACAAUAAUUACCAAAUGUGUACAAGGUUAUAAAUACUCAAAACACACCUCUCAGUAUUAAAAAAUAAAAGUUAUAAUUAGUACAAUCAGAUUUCUAUUUAUUUCUGGCUGUCAAACCAAUUAAAUAAAAACCCCAAAAGUGCCUUGCACUUUGACCCUUGAAAAAACAUGUUGGAGGGAGAAGACAAUGAAGAAAUCUCAGUUUUAGAUUUAAACCUUCAUAGAAGUCGACCAUAUUGGCAAGCUCCAAUAUCAAGGUUCUGUGCCCAGUUUCAGAAAAUAUGUUGGGCAGAAAAUAUCGCAUGACAAAUUUGUUUGCUAAGCAAAACUUGAGUGGGGCACCAGUCACACAAAUGUAAACUUUAUGUAAUUUGGCUUGCUGGUAACCAGUCACACAAAUGUAAACUUUAUGUAAUUUGGCUUGCUGGUAACCCGUUACUGUUGAGCAAUAUUUGUCUGUGCUGAACAAAAUUUUAACGCUAACAGGAUUUAUGAAUUUGUAUCAAAGAUAAGAAUAUUUUGGGUUUGUUUUUCCUUGUUGUUUUUCUUGUUCAUGUUCAUGUACAAUGUACAUUAACUUGACCAGCCAGACUCACUGCCUUGCUAAUGUUCAAAACCAGUGCAGUAAGUUGCUGGUUUGAGUCUCAUCUGCAAGCAGCCUCUGUGUUUUGGGUUUUUCAUUUUUUUUUCUUUCUAAGACUUAUAUUAGAAAGCACUCAGUAUACAGUUCUUACAGUUACAGUAUGUAGUUGUAAAAGCCACCGAUAUUUCAUUGAU